CGCUCCUGGGCCCGGCGCGGCGCGGCCGCUGUCGCCAUGGCGAUGGGCCCCGCAGCCAACCACGGGCCGCUUCCGCUGACGUCAGCGCCGACACGUGGAUCCAAGAUGGCGGCGGCGGGGAUGGAAAGGCUCAGACACUUGCUGGUCCUGCUGACACUGCUGCAUGGAUCCAAAUCUUUCUAUGUACCUGGCGUGGCUCCUAUCAACUUCCACCGCAAUGAUCCCGUAGAAAUAAAGGCUGUGAAGCUCACCAGCUCACGAACUCAGCUGCCAUAUGAGUACUACUCGUUGCCCUUCUGCCAGCCCACCAAGAUAACAUACAAGGCUGAGAACCUGGGUGAGGUUCUUCGGGGGGACCGAAUUGUAAAUACCCCCUUCCAGGUUUCCAUGAAUGUGGAGAAGAAAUGUGAAGUGCUGUGCAACCUUCCCAAUACGCCGGUCACUCUGACAGUGGGGCAGAGCAAACUGAUGGCUGAACGGAUCAGGGAGGACUACUAUGUCCACCUCAUUGCUGACAACCUCCCUGUGGCAACACGGCUGGAGUUUUAUUCCAAUCGUGAAGAAGAGGAGAAGAAGAAGGAGAAAGAUGUGCAGUUCGAGCAUGGAUACAGGCUUGGGUUUAUGGACGGUAACAAGUUCUACCUGCACAACCACCUCUCCUUCAUCCUUUACUACCACAGAGAGGAUGUGGAAGAGAACCAGGAGCCCACCUACAGGGUUGUGCGCUUUGAAGUCAUUCCCCAAAGUAUUAAGCUGGAAGACUUGAAGGCUGAUGAGAAGAGUAUGUGCACCCUGCCUGAAGCUACGGGCUCUGCCCCUCAGGAAAUAGAUCCUUCUAAAGAGAACCAGUUACUCUUCACCUACUCUGUCCGCUGGGAGGAGAGUGACAUUAAGUGGGCUUCCCGCUGGGACACCUACCUGACCAUGAGCGAUGUGCAGAUUCAUUGGUUCUCUAUCAUUAACUCGGUUGUGGUCGUCUUUUUCCUUUCAGGUAUUCUCAGCAUGAUCAUCAUCCGGACUCUCCGGAAGGACAUUGCCAACUACAACAAGGAAGAUGACAUUGAAGAUACUAUGGAGGAAUCUGGUUGGAAACUUGUGCAUGGAGAUGUCUUCAGGCCUCCACAGUAUCCUAUGAUCCUCAGCUCUCUCCUGGGUUCUGGAAUCCAGCUCUUCUGUAUGAUCCUAAUUGUCAUCUUCGUGGCUAUGCUGGGGAUGCUGUCACCUUCCAGUCGGGGUGCGUUGAUGACAACCGCCUGCUUUCUCUUCAUGUUCAUGGGGGUUUUUGGUGGAUUCUUCGCUGGCCGAUUGUACCGGACUCUGAAGGGGCAUCGAUGGAAGAAGGGAGCCUUCUGUACAGCUACCCUGUACCCGGGCGUCGUCUUCGGCAUCUGCUUUGUUCUGAACUGUUUCAUCUGGGGGAAACACUCCUCUGGAGCGGUGCCUUUCCCUACCAUGGUGGCCUUGCUCUGCAUGUGGUUUGGGAUCUCCUUGCCUUUGGUCUACCUGGGUUACUACUUUGGAUUUCGCAAACAGCCCUAUGACAAUCCUGUCCGGACCAAUCAGAUUCCCAGGCAGAUCCCGGAGCAGAGGUGGUAUAUGAAUAAAUUUGUUGGGAUUCUCAUGGCUGGCAUCCUGCCCUUUGGAGCUAUGUUCAUCGAACUGUUCUUCAUCUUCAGUGCAAUCUGGGAGAACCAGUUCUAUUACCUGUUCGGUUUUCUCUUCCUGGUGUUUAUCAUCCUGGUGGUGUCGUGCUCCCAAAUCAGCAUCGUUAUGGUGUACUUCCAGCUUUGCGCUGAGGAUUACCGCUGGUGGUGGAGGACCUUCCUGGUGUCUGGAGGAUCUGCAUUCUAUGUGCUCAUCUAUGCCAUCUUCUACUUCGUGAACAAGCUGGAUAUUGUUGAGUUCAUUCCCUCCCUACUGUACUUUGGCUACACCGCCCUCAUGGUCUUGUCAUUCUGGCUCCUCACCGGCACCAUUGGCUUCUAUGCAGCCUACAUGUUCGUCCGGAAGAUCUAUGCCGCGGUGAAAAUAGACUGAAGAUGCACGGACCUGGCAGACACAGGCACUCAAUGUGUGUCUUCCUGGGAGCGAAGGGGACACAUCUCCUCCCAGCUCUUUUAAGGAAACAAAAUCCAGUGGGAGAGCAACAAGAGAAAUAAACAACUCCUCGGUUUGGAAUGUAACUUUGGCACGGUGUACACGGAUUCUGGGCUACUUCUGGGGGGGAAAACGGGUCUGUAGAUACCUUACAUUUUAACUUUAUUAUCCUGUUCCAUAUUCGAGGGAGUUUUUUUAGCAGAGAAAUGUCCCUCUGUACAAGUCAACCCCUUUUUUUGCUAAUUCAUCCUUUUUUUUAUGUUGAUGAUGAAUGGAUUUGAGAAAGCAGUGGAAACACUUGAGAAAACAUUUUCUUCCAGCCCCUAGGGUGCUCUAGGAUUCAGGGAGACUAUUUGGACAAAUAUUGGACUGGUUUCUUUCCUAUCUUCACGUCUGCACAGAAGAGGGAGCUUGACUACAGCAAAGCGAACGGAGCCCGAAGCCUUGCCCAGCACGAGCCUGGCGCGCUCCAAGUCCUGGCUUCAGCGUGUUUACAAUUUUAUGGAGGUGCCAUUUGGAGCCUGGGAAGUGCAAUUCCACCGUGAGAGAGAUGGAGAACCCUUGGCAUCACUUCUGCUUCCCUCUGAACAGCACAGGCCGCUUCAACUGCCUCUCCUGGAAGGGCUGAGGGAAGGCGUGAUUUCCUCUCUGGAAGGUGCAGCUGGUGGGAGCAGGACACAAGGUUCCGGUGGGAGCGGCGGGAUUGUGCUGGUGCUGGAAUACAGUACUGGAAGGAUGCGCGAGGGAAUGGCAAGGGUUUGUUCUGUCCAUAACUCCACUCCAGCUGCAUGAGGGAAUGGGGCAGGCUUCCUGGGAAGCCCAUUGGGGUGGCACAGAGCCCUGCAGAGAGUGGGCUGCGCCAACGCUGCUUUUGUGCCAAGCAAUCUGAUGCCGGAUUGGGGCUGGGCUGGCGCGGGGCACGGGCAGGCCCUGGGGGAGGCGCUGGAGGUGGCAGGUGGCCCCCAGCAGCUCUCUCGUCUCCAGGAACGCACUCUUGCUGCCCGCGCCGCGUGCCAGCCACUCUCACUGCUCUCUCCUCCUCUCAGAUUCUCUACCUCCAGGGAACAGAUCAAGUGUGCGCCCCACCGCUGUAUUUUGUUUUUCUCCACAGAACGGUCCAUGCCCUCCGGCACAGCCGGUGCGGGCUUUGCUGCCACAGGCUCCUCUUUUUCCAUGGCUUGAUGCCUGGCUCAGCCCGUGGGAAGCUCUUUUUAGAGGUGAAAGUGCUUAAUUUUAGUCACUUCAAUGUUGUUUACCAGUGGAAAGGUUCCACGUGAUGGAGAAGGCUCCCUCCAUCCCCAGCCCAGCCACGUUUGGGCAGGGCUGCAGGGAGAAGGUGUUUUUUGAUGAGAUCUAUGAAAACUUUGCUUUGUGAGCAGUCAGGUCCCCAAGAGACCGGCUGCUGGUGGUGAUGGGGUUCUAUCCCAGCGCCCUCCCUGUCACCAGUGCUAACGUGUGCACUCUUGAGGGGCUCGAGGCCCCUUUUAACCCCUGUGGCCAUCAGAGUUUCUGUCAGGUCUGCACGAGGACCCAGAUCUUUACCAAUGGCCGUGCCCCCUGUGGGAGCCACCUUGCCUGGGUGGUUUGCCCCUACAACACAGCAGCUCCAGCUGGUAGCUCCUUCCACCGCCCAUCACACCAAAGCCUCACCAGCCAGGAAUCAAGGAUGGAAAAAGGGAGCAGGGAUGCGUGAGCCAGCUGUGCUGUGGGGUCCUGUGUUGGUUCUGGUGUGAGAUCAUUCUCUGAUGUUUGUUCCGUAUCCCCUGCCCCAGUGGAGAGGUUCAGCCAGUGUUGAUUUCUCUCCCUUCCCCGAGGUGUUUUCUCUGUAUUCUUUGUAAUUUUUAAUUAAUGUACGUAUUCUUUGUGUCCUGUUGUAAAUAAAUCUGCCAUCUCCUGUUGUCCUGCUCCCCUGGGGUCUCCCAAGCCACCUCUUGGGA